AUGUCCGAGACAGGUCAGGCGAGGAAACUGCAAGCUUUCAUUGGUCCCAGAGUGGUCCACACCAGGGCAAAGCUGACUGCUGUCUCCGCACUGAUGCAAUUUCCCUUCUGUGUUCCUUUGUGGCACCUGAGCAGCUUGUUUAAUGAAGAUAGAAACUUACUUCGAAUUAGAGAGAAGGAGAGACGCAACCAGGAGGUUCACCAAGAGAAAAAACUCUUCCCUGUGAAUGCACCUCUCUUUGGAGAGCCCUACAAGACUAGCAAAGGCGAUGAGUUGUCCAGUAGAAUUCAAAAUACAUUGGGUAAUUAUGAAGAAGUCAAGGAGCUGAUCAGUACCAAAAACCAGAAUCUCUUUGGUAUCCCCGAAGAAAGUAGCCUCUCUUUAACCCCUCAAGGAAAAUCUAGGUGUUUUUUCUAUCCUGAGAAGACUGGUAGUAUCCCACAUUCGCCAUUCUUCAGUAGUGUCCAUCACCAAGUUAUUCAUUCUUCUGCUUCUGGUCCUUCUAUUUACAUCCCUACUCACUGUCCAAAAGCCACACAGGCAAGAAUGGAACCAGCCUUGAGCUUACAUGCCAGAAGUGACGGUAUAUCUAGCACUCAGCACCAAGGAAAAUAUUACAGUGGUCAGGAUCGGCAUCCUAGGAGUCAGAACAAGAAAGAUGAGCUCCUCCGACCUGAUGGCACCUCUCGUGUUGAGCUUUCAGACUCAGCGCUGGAGAUGGAGAAUUCUCUCUUGUCGUCUGCAUUGUCUUCUUCAGUUGCACCAUUGGCAUCCCACCAUUCCAACCAGCCAGCUGGGUCCAGGAUGCUGGGGAGCAGUAAGAGCUGUGUCCAAGCUAAAUCUCUCUCACACCUACCACUAGAGUCCAAGGAAGAAGAGAUGCCGCAAUACAGUCUGGCUCCGGUCACCAGCUUAGGGAUAGUCACCUCCCAGCCGUCUUCUCAAUCAUUUCCCCCUCCCUCCCUGCCCUCAAAAACCACCGCGAUGCAGCAGAAGCCUACAGCAUACGUUCGGCCCAUGGAUGGUCAGGAUCAGGCACCCAGUGAGUCACCUGAACUGAAACCACUGCCUGAGGACUAUCACGGACAUUCCUAUGAGAAAAUACCAGAUUUCAAAGUGACUGCCAAAGCCAAACUUUCUAAGUUGAAAAUGCCUCCACAGUCCACCGAGCAGGCUUUCCCAAAUGAAGUACACUGUGUUGAAGAAAUUUUGAAGGAAAUGACCCAUUCAUGGCCUCCACCCUUAACAGCAAUCCAUACACCUAAUACAGCUGAAUCUUCAAAAUUUCCUUUCCCAACAAAGGAAUUUCAGCACCUUGAAUCUGUGUUACAGAACCACAAACAGCAUGGUUCAUCUUCAAAACCCUGUUCUAAUUCUCAGCAAGCAACAUCGAUGUUAGAAGAUGACCUUCAGAUCAGUGAUAGUGAAGACAGUGGUGAUGAGCAAGUCUCUGAAAAGCCCCCUCCUUCGUCUGUGCCUGCAAGCGUUCCACAAUCCCUUGCAGACAGUGUGGUUUCGGCACAUUCCAGUAAUACAGAGUCGGAGAGCACCAGUGACUCCGACAGCUCCUCAGACUCUGAGAGUGAGAGCAGUUCCAGUGGGAGUGAGGAGAAUGAGCCUCCAGAGCCUGUGCCUGCCGAGCCUGACCCACCUAUAGCAAAUAAAUGGCAGCUGGACAACUGGCUCACCAAAGUCACUCAACCCACUGUAUCCUCAGAGAGCCUCAAUGAAACAGGACUCCAGCAUCACCACCAGGAGGCCAAGGGAAAAGGCAGCAGUAGCACCAGUGGUCAUGAGCAUUCAGUCUCCAGUGGUGAUCCCCAUCCCUCUAAUUCUAGUCAACCGUCCAGAACUGCUUCUGAAGCUACCCAUCCUAGCAGGAGAAACUACCCCAAGUCUGUUACUCAGCAAGGCAUUGAUGGUCCCCCACACUGGCAGACAGUUGGUUCAAAACAACCCAAAAAACCUUUGAAAGCAUCAAUUCAGGACGAUUUUCAGGGUGACUUGAGGGUAGAAAGUGAGCCAGUCCUUUCACAUGGGUCAAAAGACCAAUCUUCCAAAGAUAAACCCAAAGUCAAAACGAAAGGGAGGCCUCGAUCUUGUGGAGACAGGCAAGAAAAGUGCAAGUCUCUCUCAGUGCCCUGUGAAAAGAAGCACAAAAAUUCUCACUCAGUGCCUACAAAAACACUCUUGGACCCUGAAUCCACAAAGAAUAAUAUGGACGAUCAGAAUCUGGAGCAUUUCCCCAUCAGCUCUGUGAUUCAGAACCAGGGUAUCUCCCACGGCAGCGGCAGCAGGAGUGGAGGUUACAAGUCAUCUCUGAUGGUUCAGGAGGAACUUGUUGGGAAUAAGGUCCUAUUGCCUUCCAGAGACACAAAGUCACUCAGGGAUACCCCUCGCCUGCAAAGCCUCGUGGUGAAGAUAGACCUCGCCUUACUCUCCCAAGUCCCCAAGCCAUCUGGGAAGGGGUGCCAGCCAAAGAAAACGGAACUUAAAGCACUCCUCAUGGGGAAUAAGCAGGAGUCAGAGAAUAGAAAUACAGAGAAAGCAAAUAAAUUGAUUACAAAAAGAAAGAUCUACUUAUCCAGUUAUACCUUUGAAUUAAAAAUGUUUUAUUGUCUCUUUUUAAAAAAUGAUAUGGGUGUGUUGUUCUUCAGAUUGUCGAAGCCCUCCUCAGACUUCCUGAAGAAGGAGCUCCCACCACCACCACCGUCUGUAUCUCCUUCCCACAAGGCAGCCAAGAAUGUACAUAAAAGACCAAGGAAUGAAAACUACUCUUCUGUUCAGGGUCACUCCAAAAGUACUAGCACCACUAAAGAUAGCCAUAAAGAUUCCUCUUCUUCCAAACAUAAGAAAAUGGAAGGAAAGCCUUCUGGAAAUUCUACAUGUAAUAAAGCAUCUCCAGGUGAUCUGUUUCCUGUGCCUUCUUUGCCAAAUGGUAACUCCAAGCUGAUGAAGCAUCAAGUCAGGUUUGAAAAACAAACUGCUGAUUUUCACAUGAAAGAAGCCAAAAGAUUGAAGCAAAAGGCAGAGUCAAUGCCAGACAAGGUUGGAAAAGCAUUUAAGUACUUGGAUGCUGUCUUAUCCUAUGUUGAAUAUGGAAUUGCUUUAGAGUCUGAAACUCCAACAUCCAAGUCAGUUUACUCCACGUUUUCAGAGACUGUAGAUUUCAUUAAUCCAGAGUUCUUCACGGAGCUGAGCGCCAGUGCGUGUGCCCUGGCCUUGAACAGCAGUCUGGUGGAGCUGGUACUCUACACCAGACAAGCCUCCCAGCAGCUGCGUCAGGUGGCGAGAACGCUCUGACCAGCGGCCGGUCGUAGACCAUCUUGAUGCCCUUUGGAGGUCUCAGAAGGAGACUGAUCCGGAGCUGCUUUGGGUUCCCCAACUCUAGAACAGAAAUAUAAUAGGAUGGGAGGGAACGUGGCCCCGCUUCCAAAUCCCAAAACUGUGCCCAUAUCCUUUGCACGGGGCCGUCGGAGUCUAUUAAAGAAGGAGCCACAGCGUGGGUGAUUUUCUUAACCAAAGGACGGAAGUGCAAUGUGUAAGCCUUCAGCUGGUUGUAUGUCAGUGGUCUGUAAACAUUUCUCUGACUUUAUAACAAG